GUUUUUAGUGUAAAUGCAGAGUUUGUGUCAAAAUAUUACUCAGAAUACGAAUGUAACACCCCAUUGCUCGAUAGAGCUGCCUUAAAAGCCACCUCACAUUUGAGCGAAAGAGGCCCUGAAAAUGCAAGACUAGAAGGUUGAGUAGAAAGGACACAGACUUGUAAGGCGGUGGACAAUUUAAAAUAAAAAGUUUUAAGUGUUUUUUUUAUCAAAAUGGUGGUUAGUGUACGUUGGGCUUUCAACGUGUCCUCCUGGACUCCUACAAAAAUGCAAAUGCAAUUCGCCUUAUCCUGCAUCCAGCAGGAGGAGAAGGAUAGGAUCAGUAAAUACGUUUUUGGGGACUCUUUUAAGGCGUCUUUGGUGGGACGUCUGAUGCUCCGAAAGUUUGUUCAUGUCGUCACCGGUUUGCAGUACAACGAGAUCAAAUUUAGACGUGAUGAUAAGGGCAAACCCUUUUUGGACAACUCCGAUUACCAAUUGGACGUCAACGUUUCCCACCAGGGCAACUAUGCAGUCCUUGCUGGCGAACUUGGCCCUUGCAAACUUGGUGUAGACGUCAUGAAAAUGGAGUACACGACCAAAAACAGACCCUUGGCAGAGUUUUUUAGGCUCAUGACCAGACAUUUCUCACCCCUCGAAUGGUGCAACAUCAAACAAGGAGCCAACGAGCAAAAACAAACCGAAGGCUUCUACAGACACUGGUGCCUAAAAGAGUCCUACGUCAAAAACUUGGGAUGUGGCAUCACUGUCAACUUACAAAAUAUUUCAUUCGAAAUCCAAAAUCGUACUUUGUCUGAAGACAAAGUCGUCUCGGAUACAGUUUGCAAGGUGAAUGGUGAAUAUUUAGACGGUUGGAGGUUCGAGGAGUCUUUGCUCGAUGAGGAUCAUUGUGUUGCUGUUUCUUUGUAUUCGAAGGGGGACAAACCACCAAUUAAGUUGUUCGAGUUUCUGAAUUUUAAUGAUUUGGUUAAAAAUGCUGUGCCUUUGCUCGAACCUGACCCAGAAUUGUGCGACGAAUUUUUUAAAAAGGAAUCUCAUCCUUACAUAAAUAAUUAA